AUGCCUCAACCCAGGAGAAGGUCACGGCCAAAACCGGUUGCCAUAGCAACCCACUCCAGCGCCGAUACAUAUCCGCACACAUACACAGGUCUGUGUAGGCUACUAAGACACGCAAAGCACGUGGUAGUGGUAGUAGGCGCGGGUGUGUCGGUCAGCUGUGGCAUACCUGAUUUCAGGAGUGAGAAUGGGCUUUAUAACAUGGUUGAUGGUCUCGAUUUGGGCGGCACCCCACUGGACCAG